GAGGCUCAUCAGGAACAGGCAAAAAAGAUGGACGUUUUCGCAUCUGACUGGCAACGCGAUGAUGAGGAAACGUUUGAUUUACUGGAAAACGCAUCUGGUAAGCUUAUGGAGGAAGAACUUGAUGAAGAAUGUUUUGAAGCAGAUAUUCUAUACUCUGGUAAAGUGUCAUUCAAAACCUUUUCAUCAAUGACACAAGAAGAGCGUAUACAGAAGAGAUCGGAGAGAUUUGGAGAAACCAUUAGUGACCAAGCUAAGAAAGAAGCCAGAGCUGCAAGAUUUGGAAUUCCAGUACAUGGUGCAAUGAAAGAACAUGAAAAUCUGAUUCAUCAGGAAAAGUUACGGAAAAGAAAGGAAAGGUUUGGAGCUGUGAUGGACACAACCAUACUGCUUGAUGAUCAGGCUAAAAAAAGGAUGAGAGCUGAACGGUUUGGACUACAAUUCAAUAAAUAUUGAUCAAGGAAUAUUUAUAUCAAAUAUAUAUCAAGGAAUUUUUCCUGUUUAUCUUCACUGUACCUCAAAUAUAUUUCUAAGUUUGUUUUGAAAUUUUGUUUGAUAUUAAGCAGUUUUUACUGGUCUACUUUUCUAAGGUUGAAUGUGAAAAGUGCAGUUAUGUGAAGCAUUUUUUCAAAAUGUUCAGUUUUUAUUAACCAUAAUGUGUUUCUUAUUAUCCAAGCGAGUCCUUUGUAAAUAACGCUGUUGGUUGCAUAAACAAUAACUUGUUGUGCCAGCUGUGAUUUGAUUUGAAGUUUUUCUCUUCUGUUUAAUAGCUUUUCUUGUUGACUUUGAUUUAAAAUGAAAAUGAGAAAGAACUGACCUCUCAACAGAAGCCAAUGAACCACAAAAUUGAAUUCAGUGUGGCUGUAAAUUUCUUUACCAAAUAAAAUCAUCACCUUUAUUCCA